AUACCAAUAUCACUGUCAAACAAACAAAAUUAAAAAUAAUGCACAAAUUUUAGUUUAAUAAUUUGAUGGUAAUAGAAUUUAUUGUAUUUAAUGCAUUAUUAGUCGUGUUGUUGGUGAUUUUUACUCGUACGUACUAUUUAAUUAUUUAUAGUUGCAGUUUAUUCUACGAAAUGGAACCAGAAGAUGCUAAGUAUAUGCGGACGGAGCGAAAACCAGGUUCUAUAGAUGUACAUCCUAAUAUUGACGCUAUAGUCUUAAAUUACGAAAUAGAUGUACAUAUCCUUGGUCCUAAAGAAAACGUUAUUCACGGAGAAAAAAAGAGCCUUAAAAAAAUAAUAGAAUUGCCUAUGAUCAACAGUAGGACCGACUGCCAUGCUCUAUCAAAAGAAGUUGUUAAUGUUUGUGAUUUGAUACAUCAUUCCAGACUCGCAGAAGUUGAACAAAUAAUAUACUAUUUGAAGAAAAGAAAACUACACAGUGGUGUUAAAGGUGCCCCAUCCUUAUUAGGUGAUGGAGACAAGAAUAUUAACGAUAAGAUCCAAAAUGGUGUACAGGAAGCAAAUUAUAAUAACUUAUCUGAUUAUAUUGACUUAUUGUAUGAAGGUAUGGCUGAAAAAAUUAGAGGGGCUCAUUUGAUUCAAUUUCUAGCAAGGGAUCCAGAAAACUUGGAAGCGUUAUCAAGAAAUGAAACUUUGAUAAGUGCUCUGGGUCGGGUACUGAGAGAAGAUUGGAAAAGGAGCAUUGCAUUGAGUACACACUUGGUAUUUACAUUUUUCUGCUUUUCCAUGUAUUCAUGCUUCCACGAAGUAAUUUUGAAAUGUAAAGUUGGUUCUAUAUGUAUGGACAUAAUUGAUUACGAAUUGAGACGUUAUGAUCGUUGGAAAGCAGAUUUUGAGGGAGUGGAGGCUCCUUCUGAUAUACCAAUUGUUCGUAAACCUUGUCCCAGUAGCGCAAGUAUGACUGAGAUUCCCCGAAGCCGCAUUCCGGAACCUGUACGUCCAAAGUCUGGUAAUUUUACUGAGACUAACAUAAAAGCUGUAAUGGAAGGUAGCGUCUAUGAUGACCUCACUACUUCUAUGGAAUGCAUCGAUGAUAAAAAAUUGACUGAAGAGCAAAAAGUUAAGAGAUUCCGUACUUUGGUCAGGAAGCAGGAACAUCUUCUUAGGGUGGCUUAUUAUUUGUUGCUUAAUAUCUCUGAGGAUGAAGCAGUGGAAGAGAAAAUGUCGAAGAGAAAUAUCGUCGGUUUAUUAGUUAAAGCUCUCGAUAGAGAUAAUGAUGAUUUACUUAUUCUAGUCGUAACGUUCCUUAAAAAGCUUUCCAUAAUGCAAUGCAAUAAAGAUGCCAUGGUCAGUUUAAAUGUAGUUGAUAAGUUACCAAGAAUGUUGGAAUCUAACAGUGCUGAUCUAGUCCAUUUAGCCUUAAAACUAUUAUAUAACUUAUCUUUUGAUACCAAAAUUAGAUAUAAAAUAAUAAAGGCUGGUUUGUUACCAAAAAUUAUGAGUCUGUUAAGUGACGAUAGACACCAAGAAGUAGUAUUAAAAAUACUAUAUCACUUGAGCUACGAAGAUGAUAUAAAACAUCACUUUGUGGACUGCAUAGGUUUGAUAACAGACAUGUUGCUCUUAAAUGUUGGUAAUGAAGGUGAUAAAACAAUGGUAGCUCUAUGUAUAAAUCUUGCGACAGAUUCCUCUAAUACCCAACAUAUUACCAAAAAGAAUCGACUUCAGUCAUUGAUGAUGCGCGCUUUUACCUAUCAGGAUGCAAUGCUUAUGAAAAUGUUACGUAAUAUUUCAGACAACCAUGCUUCAGCACCAUCAUUCAUUGAAUUUGUUGGCGAUAUUGCGAAGGCAGUGGUGGAAUCUAAAGAUGAGGAUUUCGUAAGGGAAUGUAUUGGAAUUUUAAGUAAUUUGCAUCUACCAGAUCUCGAUUGGGCAGAAAUAUUUAAACAUUUUGAUAUGAUAAAAUGGGUGAAAAAUAUUCUUAGCAGUAAUAAUACUGAGGCUGAAUUGGUUUUACAGGUUGUUGUGUUACUGGGAACAGCAGCAUCUGAUGAAGGCUGUGCAAAGCUAUUUUGUGAGACACACAUACUAAAUCUUUUAAUAGAUUUAUUAAAAACCCAUCAAGAGGACGAUGAAAUAGUCCUUCAAAUAGUUUAUGUAUUUUUUGUAACUCUAUCACACGAGACUAAUAUUGAUUACAUAGUUACCAAUACAGAGGCACCAGCCUAUUUAAUUGACUUACUCCAAGACAAUAAUAAAUCGAUAAGGAAAAUUUGCAACACAUGCCUUAAUAUAAUUGCUGACCAUAGUAAGACUUGGGCAGAUAGAAUACGCAUUGAGAAGUUCCGUCACCACAAUGCGCAGUGGUUGCAAAUGGUAGAUUCGCAGCAAUUGGGUAUGGAAGAAGAAGAAGAGGAGGAUGAAUUACCACCUUAUCUGAACACUGAAUAUUUAAGUACUGCUGUAGUGCCUCCUUUGUCUGAUCUUAAUGAACCCCCAGAAUCAGAAAUAAUUGCAGAUACGGAUUUAGAUUAUAAUUAUUUUGAUAAUAAUCAUGAUCAUGAAAUAAUGCAAGAUUUUGAAAUUGAAGCCAUAUAAUGAGUAUUCUUUAUAUAUUAUAUAUAUAUAUAUUUAUUCAAGCUUAACUUUUAGCACAAUUUUAGGUUAAUAUACGAACCAGUAUUUUGCAGCAUAAUCUAGUCAAUUUUUCUCCUGAAAAUGUAGUAUUAAUAAAUAUUUAUAAAACAGCUUUAAUUGUAAGAUGCUCUGCACGAUCUCUUGAUUGUUUUUAUUUUUGUUAGGCAUUGAAAAUGCAUUUAUUAUUUUACCUAAGGAUAAGGAUAUUCUGAAUAAAAAUAUAUGCGGUUCAUAUAAAACCUUUAGCAGAGUACUUGAGAAUAGAUAGAUAGAUAGAGAAUAGAUGUGUUUCUUGUUUCAUCUAAAAAUUGCUAAGACUAGUUAUAGUCCGAUAGAAAUAACUCAUUUAAAGGGAAAAAAAAAAGAAAAUUGUUACCUGUACUUUUAUAAGUGGAAAUGGUAA